GUUAUGAACACUUUACAACAUAGUUUUUACCUAAAGUUUUUUUACUUGUGUUUCGUCGAAUUUGUAUAGAAUUAUAGAGGUACAAAGUCAGUUAAGCAAGCAGCAUCCGUGUCGUAUAGACUACUAUUAAUCGGUGAAGAGUUCAAAUAAUAUAUAACAAUGUGGGAGAGGCUAGUGUUGGAGAGGCUGUGUUUGUGAAGGAGAUAAGUAGGUAGUGAAGUGAUCAAUAAAAAGUGAUUAUUGCAAAAUGUAUCUGAAAUAUUUUAUUUGUGUUUUGUUUACUAUAUAUACUGUUUUCGGAGUGCAUGUCUCCAAUCUCAGUGGCUCCUGUAUACGAUGUCUCUGCCAUGUGGCCGGCUGUGACAUGUCCCACGGGUGCUCUGGAGGGUACUGCGGUCCCUUCUACAUCUCCAAACUGUACUGGAUCGACGCCGGCAAGCCAACAUUGGCUAAUGAUGAUCCCGAGCGUGAUGAAGCGUUCGAAGACUGUGCGAGAGACUACUUCUGUUCCAUCAGAGUCAUUGAAAGCUACAUGGCGAAGUACGGAAAAGAUUGCAACAAUGACGGGGUGACUAAUUGCUUCGACUUCAUGAUGAUUAAUUACCAUGGAGGGCGCGCGUGCUCCGACCCCCUCUUCCUCAGCCCACAAGGGUUGCGAUGGCUUGCCAAAUUCGAGGAGUGUCGUUUCUAGAUUAAACCUUUGGGGGAAAUGCUGU